AUGGCUCUGGACAGCAGGUGGAAGGAGCUGCUUUUGAAAACGUUGAUGGAGCUGGGGGAGGACGAUUUCGAGUACUUCAAGUUCUACACGGACUUGCCUACAAGUGUACGUGAAAACGCCCGACGUGUGAACAUUGCUGACAAACUGGUGAUGAAGUACGGCGCGAAAACUCUGGAUGAGACCAUCAAGAUUCUGGAGAAGAUUGACAACAAGAACUUGGCCGAGAUGUUGCGUCGCAACAUGCUGGAAAUAAAAGGCGCCGUCUUCUCCGUCCAUGAUGAAGAUCAGAUUGCCAGAUUGAAGGUAGACCUGCAAGGUAACAUGCGGAGUUCAUACAGCUUUGUUCCCGAGGGCAACACCGAGCGCUGGAAGCAGCAGCAGCCUCUGGCGGACGUCUACUCGGACCUGGACAUCACCUACGGGGCUGACGUCAGCCCGGACAAACGGCACGAGGUCCUUCAGAUGGAGACCUGUGCCACGGCGGCCAAGGAGUCUAUCCUGCCAUGCGACAUCUUCCAAAGCCCUGACGGGAAGCAGCGACCGAUACGCACGCUGCUCACCGUCGGCUUCGCGGGAAUCGGAAAAACCUUCCUGCUUCAAAAGUUUGUGUGGGACUGGGCCAGCGGGAAUACAAACCAGGACAUACACUUCAUAUUUCCCUUCACCUUCCGCGAAUUGAACACAGACAAAGGGAAAAGCUUUACGCUGGCAGAGCUCAUUCGACGCUACGUUUGCGAGAGCAGGCACAUGAGCGAGGAGACUCUGAACGAGAUAUUUGCCAACCUGCAGACGUCUGGGAAGCGGGACUACGAAAGCAGCGGGAUCAAGAUCUUGUUUGUCUUUGACGGACUGGAUGAGUGCAACUUCAAAAUCGACUUGAAAAAUGAGAUGAAAGUAGACAUGGACGUGACGCAGGCCUGCCCCCUGGAGGUGCUCCUGGCGCACCUCAUCAAGAGGAACCUGCUUCCGUGCGCCCGGGUUUGGAUCACCACGCGGCCCACGACGGCCCAUGAUAUCCCCUCCAACCUCAUCGACAGCAGAACAGAGGUGAAAGGAUUCAGCGAUUCCCAGAGGCUGGAGUACUUCAGGAAAAGAUUCCCAAAUGAAGAGCGCGUCACAAAGCACAUUCGGAAAUCUCGCACCAUCUUCAUCAUGUGCCACCUGCCUAUCUUCUGCUGGCUCACCGCCACAGUUCUUCAAGAUCAUUUGGACAAAGAGAACGAGGAAGAGCUUCCCACAACGCUGACCGACAUGUUGUCAGAGUAUGCUUUGAACCAAUUUGAAAAGUCCAAUGAGAGACAGAUGACAGAGUACAUCCAUUACGUGAAAGCGCUAGCAAAGCUGGCCUUUGACCACACCAUGAGUAACCAACAGAUCUUCUUCGAGAAGCAGCUGGUGGAAAGCGGCUUUGAUUAUAGCCAAGCCGCAAAACACUGCGGAAUAUUUACCGAGGUGCUGAAGGAGGUCCGCCCGCUCAGAAGAAACCAACAGGGCAAGAUGUUUCAGUUCGUCCAUCUGACCAUCCAGGAGUAUCUGGCUGCAUUCUACGUGAUGAUGAGCCUCUUCCACGACAACAAGAACGUACUGGCUGAUUCAGACUUGGCACCAGAAAGUGAAGAAGAAGAAGAAGUUGAAGGUGAUUGGAAAAUCACUGAGGUCCAUCGGUCAGCUCUGCAAAGAGCCUCAGAGUGUGAAGGAAACCUGGAUCUGUUCGUUCGCUUCCUCUUUGGCCUCUCCUUGCCCUGCAACCAGGAACUCUUGGGGGAACUGCUGAAGGUUCCUCGAGACUUUAGGCAAAGCAAGUCAAAGACAGUCAAGUUGAUCAAGAAAACGAUCAGACGGAACACUCCAGAGAAGAACGUCAACUUGUUCUACUGCUUAAACGAGCUGAAGGACGACUCUUUGCUGAAGCACAUACAGGAGGAAAUUGGGUACAGAUCUCUGUCCUGGAUUCCAAUGACAAAUGAAAUGUGGUCGGCUCUGGCCUUCUUCUUACUGACAGACGAGGAAACCAUGAAGUCCUUUGACCUGAGGAAAUACGACCCAUCGCCUUUGGCGCUUGAGAAGCUGUUGGUGGUUGUCAAGGCCUCUGAAAAAUCGGUGCUAUUCAAUUGUGACCUGAACAAACACAGUUGUCACCUGCUGGCAUCCCUUCUCAGCGCUCCGUCCAACCUUAGGCAACUGGUUCUGACCCUUAACAAUCUGUCGGACGAGGGGGUCGAGAUCCUCUCCAAAGGACUGGCCAGCCCACACUGCCUCUUACAAGUCCUCGUGCUGGACCACUGCGGGAUCACGGCGCGAGGAUGCGUAUCAUUGGCUGGGGCUCUCAAGUUACAUCCCUCGCAACUUCAAGAGAUGCGCCUGAGCAACAACGAAUUGUCAGACGAAGGGGUCGAGAUCCUUUCAAAAGGACUGGCCAGCCCACACUGCAUCAUAAAAGUCCUUGAACUGGAACACUGCUCGAUCACGAAGAGAGGAUGCGUUUCAUUGGCGGAGGCUCUCAAGUUGAACCCCUCCCAUCUUCAAGAGCUGGACCUGAGCUACAACAAUCUGUCGGACGACGGGGUUGACAUCCUCUCGAAAGGACUGGCCAGCCCACACUGCAUCUUACAGGUCCUCAAUCUCUCAAAUUGCAACAUCACGAAGCGAGGAUGUAUUUCAUUGGCUGAGGCUCUCAAGUUUAAUCGCUCCCAUCUUCAAGAGCUGCGCCUGAGCCACAACGAUUUGUCUGACGAGGGGGUCGAGAUCCUCUCAAAAGGACUGGCCAGCCAACACUGCAUCUUACAAAUCCUUGAGCUGUCAUGGUGCAAGAUCACCAAUAAAGGAUGCGUGUCAUUGGCCGAGGCUCUCAAGUUAAACCCCUCCCAUCUUCAACAGCUAAUCCUCGUGUGCAAUCCAUUGGGAGAAGAAGGAAAGAGGGUCUUAAUGGAUGUUCAACAGGAUCCCAGCUAUGGCCUGAUGACCGUCAGAUCGCUGGGUGUCGGCGCUACAGGCAAAGCUGUAUCGCACGAGAAGGUUGGCGUGCAGCGACUCCACUACAAGGAAGUGGAGUUCAAGGUGCAGGUCUAUGACGCUGCUACCAAACUGCUGACAAAUCCUGAGGGUCUCCUCCAGAGUGUUCUCGCCGUGCUUCUUCACCAACUCAACUUGAAGGACUGGAAGUCGUCCUGCCCCAACUCCAACAGCGUUUUCAACAGCAGGUCCUUCAGCCCGCUGUCCAAAGCCAUCGUUCUUCGUUGUACACGCGUGAGCGAGGGGCAGCUGUCAACUGCUGGCUUCAGUUCUCAGCUUUCCAUCCAACCUGAGGAAGCUGAGAACGAGCUGUCGGAUGAAGCGGUGGAGAUCCUCUCGAAAGGACUGGCCAGUCCUCACUGCAUCUUAGAAUCCCUCGAGAUGGUCGAAUGCGGGAUCACAGAUAAAGGAUGCUUUUCAUUGGCCGAGGCGUUCAAGUUAUACCCCUCUAGUCUUGAAGCACUGGAUCUGAGUAAAAAUAAUCUGUUGGACGAGUGGGUCGAGAUCCUCUCGAAAGGACUGGCCAGUCCAAACUGCAACUUAAAAAUGCUCAGGCUACAACAGUUCGGAAUCACGAAGCUAGGAUGCGUUUUUUUAGCCGAGGCUCUCAAGUUAAACACCUUCUAUCUUGAAGAACUGAAUCUGAGUAAAAAUAAUCUGUUGGACGAGAGGGUGGAGAUCCUCUCGAAAGGACUGGCCAGUCCAAACUGCAACUUAGAAAUACUAAGGGUACAAUCCUGUGGAAUCACGAAGCGAGGAUGCGUUUUUUUGGCUGAGGCUCUCAAGUCAAACCCCUCCCAUCCUCAAGUGGUAUACGUGAAAUGUAUAGAAGUGGGACCAAGAGGAAUGCAGGCCUUCGAUGACAUCAAGGGUCCCAGCUUUCGCCUGGUCGUCAACUAA